UUGUUUCUGUAAAACAAAAAGGGCCAAAUGAAUGCACCGUUCUGGUGUCUUCUCCAAUCUGGGUGUUGGAGACUGAAUCGUCGAGAGAAGGCGCAGCGGCGGCGACAAGCCAUGGAGUUCCUGAUGCAGCCGAUAUGUGGAUCUACUUUUCUGGAGGAGGUAGGCGAAAGUACAGUGCCGCCCCGUGUGGCAGAUCAGGGUGCGGUGGAGCGGGCGGGCAAUGUGGGAUGGGGAGGCGCGGGAGCAGCCAGGCCUAGGAACGGGUGUGCUGGAGCAGACACCGGUGAUUGGGAAUUUCAUGGCAGCGGAGGAAGCACCGGCUAUGGUGGGGGAUUCAUGGCGGCAAGCAGGGUGUGGGGGAGCUGGCGCCGGCGGUUGGUAGCGCGGACGCUCAAAUCUGGGAUGUCCGCGGAGCAGCGGCAGAAAGGAGUGAGAUAUCUCCCGCGGCCUCCGGCUAUUAACUGGAAAGAUGAACCCCCGGGCUCCUGGAUGGAACAAAAGGCUAAGGAUUGGAGAUGCAGCACCUAGGAGAACACCUUGUCGAUGUGGACGACCAAUGACUAGUUUUUUGUGUUGUGGCCAAAUUGUAAUGUGCAUUUCUGCUGUGUUGUUCCGAACUUCCAGAUGUGGAAGUUGUUGUUGGACCUUCUUUAUGUGACACUGGCAAAUGUAGCUGAACCAAACUACUGAAGUGACUCCGGUGGUAGCGUCUCGCCGGCUGAGCACUGCAGAAAAAGGGAAGAAGCCAGUGGUUGAGGAAUCUGAAAUGGAGUCAUCCGACAGUGAUGAAAAUGAGCAGGAACGAGGUGAUCGACGCUCUAGGAAUGCUAUACGUCGCCUAAGAGGACAAGCAAAUACUGCUAAUGGAAGGGCUGAACAUACGGGGGCAAGGGCUGCUGUUGUCAACAGUACGACAGGUGGCACGGCUGAAAUUGACAAUAUUCUACAAGAGGUUACAGCGAUGCAAGGCGCUUGUCAGGUGGCGGGGGUAACUACUGAAAAAUUAGGGCACAAAGGGAUAACUGGAACUCAGUAUCCGCCUAUAGCUGUGAAACAGGAGGAUGAUGGCGCACUGAGAGUUGUGGUUGACACAGAAGUUUUGAAUGUGGUCGACAUUGACAUAGAUUGCACGAGGCAGCUUCAGAAUGAGCUUUAUGAAGAAUAUGUGAUUGAGGAAGCAUCCCGGCUGUCAACAGUUGUGUAUGUCAUCGACAGUGAUAGCAAUAAUGAUGGUGCGUUUGAAGAAUGGUCGGACCCUGACCAUGAUCUGUUAGUAGAGAUUGACAGGAGGCUCAGGGAGCAAGAGGUGAGGGAUGAGGGUGUUGCAAAAAAGUACCAAGAAGAUGAAGAAAAGAAGGCGAACGAGCAGGAAGAGAAGGAUGCAGAGCUUGCGAGGAGGUGUGCGAAAGAGGCGCAACGCGAGGCUUUGGAGCAAGUGGAUAAAGAUAAUCAGGUUGCUUGUAUGUGCCAAGCCCUGUAUGAACAAAAUGCCACUGAUGAGCAGAUCGAGAAGGCCUGUGCACAUGCUGCCGUUGGUGAUGCAGUACAUAAUGUUGCUCAUAAGGCGAGCCAAGGAUCUGGAACACCGGGCGUGGGGAUAGACAUGUUCAGACAAAUAAAUAAAUAAAUAAAACUUUGGAUGUUAGUCCGAGUGGUAUGAUCAGAGUAUCAACCUCUGGAGGUGAGUGAGAGGAAAACAAUAUUAAAAGAAAAGAUACCAGGGUACAAAUUGCCCAACAUUUUGUGUAAUGUGUCCUUGAAGGGGACACAAGAAUGGAUGGCACUGGCAUCGAUGGAGCGCGUAGCCCACAACGGCUGAGCCGUGGCCCACAACACAAAGCUCCCAUCUGAGCCGUAGCUGCGAGUAUGACG